CUCAGAUGGCGGCGGCAGCGCCAGCAACCGUACUCAGGCCCUGGCUGUGGCUCCGCUACCAGGGGGAGAGCCUGUACCACCAGCGUCGCGUCGUCAGGAUGCUGGCCUCGCCGGCGACUCAAGCGACUGAUCCCGACGAGAUCAUUGGGGUCUCGCCUCACGGAGAUCCCGAGCAUAUCGACCUCUCUGGGGCCUCGCGGGACAGCGAGGCGUGGCGCUGUUCCGACGUCUGUUGCCCACCACCUCCUGGAGUCCUUCGGAAACGGGUCUACAGGUUCGACAGGGAGCCCGACGCGGCGGCGCUGGCGAACCUGAUCGCUGCUGCGGGCGCCUUCUGCGACGCCGUCUGCAUCGCGCGCGGGCAGGCGGCUGGGCAGCGGGGGGUGGCGCCCGCCGCGGGCAGCCUGGUCCGCUCGGCGUGGCGUGGCGGCGUGGCCGCUCCGCUCGCCGUCGGGGCGGCGGGCCCUCGUGCGGGCCUGGGCGCUCUGGCGGCUGCGCCCGCGGCGGAGGCGGCAGCAGCUCCGGCCCCAGGGGCUCCCCUGGCCGCGCCGCUCGCUGCAGCCCCUGUCCCCGCGCCGCACCUCGUGCUGGUCACCGUCGAGGCGACCGCCGACGGGCCCCGCGGGUCGCUCAUCACGGCGAACGGCUCCGAGCUCAUGCGACAUCGGCGCACACGCGCGGACCCGAGGCACGGCGCCCUUCUCGUGCGGCGCAUCCGCUCGGACCCCGUGCUGGAGUUCAGGGG